UCGCGCGGAUUGUCAUCAUGACGGAUGUAAACAGGGAAACUACGCUCGACUAGUCCGUCAUUAUCCAAACUUGCGCUCUUCCCCGCCGCGUUAUUAUGCCGUGAAUCCCUCGACGGAUCGCGCCCGAGGUAUUGACGGAAUCGCGACGCGACGUCAACGGCGGGAUCGCAGGGAGAGAAAACGAGGAGAGGCCGAGUCCUCGUGCUUGCAUCGCCGACUCUCUUUUUUUCCCUCCCGAGAAUGGAGAAGCGAAACGCUCUGUUUAUCUACUGCGCUUUCGUUACGCUGCAAAGUGUUUGUGGCCUCCACAGAAGCCUGAGAUAUUAUGAAACGAUUCACAGUAACCACUUCCAACAUAGGAUUGUAAAGCGAGGCAUUCAUCAUAGUUAUCAUCCGUAUAACAAGAUAAGCGAAUUAGAAUUCUAUUCGCAUGGGCGCCACUUUCGAUUGAUUCUAACACCCAGAAGAGAAGUCAUACAUUCCAACUUCAAGGCGUACGAGGUCAACGCCGACGGAAAGGAGAAAACUGUACAUUUAGAUCAUGAUAAUUUCUAUCACGGCCGAGUGUUCGGGGAAAUCGAGUCUCACGCUCAGAUGCACAUCGAUGACGGUGUUGUGACGGGUAGCAUAACAAUCUCGGACGAGACCUUUCAUAUCGAACCAUCCUGGAGGCAUCUUUCUCACUUAGAUAAUCAGUCGAUGAUUAUUUACAAGUCUUCCGACGUUAAACUCAGCUGGGAGCAUUUCCAAAACGGAGAGGGUCAUACGCAUGGGGCGCCAAAGACCUGCGGCUACGUUAAAGAAGAUUUAAAUUAUACGUUAAACGACAAUUCUGAGGAUGACGAUAUAGAAAUGGAUAAUAGUAGCAGCAGGGUGAAGAGGCAAACGGAGACUUACGAAUAUACACCAACGAAAACGAGAUGUCCGUUACUACUCGUCGCAGACUAUCGAUUUUAUCAGGAAAUGGGCGCCAGCAGUACAAAAACCACAAUUAAUUAUCUGAUAAGCUUGAUCGAUAGAGUACACAAGAUUUAUAAUGACACUUUGUGGCAAGAACAUCAGGAGGAGGACGGUUUCAAAGGAAUGGGUUUCGUUAUCAAAAAGAUCGUUGUUCACAGUGAGCCGACGCGGGUGAGGGGCGGCGAGACGCAUUACAAUAUGGUCCGCGAGAAGUGGGACGUCCGCACGUUGCUCGAGGUGUUCAGUCGGGAAUACAGCCACAAGGAUUUCUGCUUGGCUCACUUGUUCACCGAUCUCAAGUUCGAGGGUGGUAUCCUCGGACUGGCCUACGUAGGAUCUCCUCGUAGAAAUUCCGUGGGCGGUAUCUGUACGCCAGAGUAUUUCAAAAAUGGAUAUACAUUGUAUCUGAACUCGGGGCUGAGCUCCAGCAGAAAUCAUUAUGGACAGAGAGUGAUUACAAGGGAAGCGGAUUUGGUUACAGCACACGAAUUUGGCCAUAAUUGGGGCUCCGAGCAUGAUCCAGAUAUCUCGGAGUGCAGUCCAAGUGCAAGCCAAGGUGGAUCUUACUUAAUGUAUACUUACAGCGUUAGUGGCUACGAUGUGAACAAUAAGAGAUUUUCUCCAUGCAGCCUGCGUUCCAUCAGGAAGGUCCUGCAAGCCAAAUCUGGACGCUGCUUCUCGGAGCCGGAGGAAUCAUUCUGUGGUAAUUUAAGGGUCGAGGGCGAUGAGGAGUGCGACGCAGGCCUCUUAGGAACGGAAGACAAUGACUCCUGUUGCGAUAAAAAUUGCAAGCUUCGAAGUAAUCAAGGAGCAGUUUGCAGCGACAAAAACUCUCCUUGCUGUCAGGGCUGCGCGUACAUGACUGCGGGCGUGAAAUGUCGCGACGCGCAAUACGCCACUUGCGAACAGGAAUCGCGCUGCACCGGAGCGUCUAGCGAAUGCCCGAGAUCGCCGCCCAUGAAGGACGGCACCGGCUGUCUCGAACGUGGUCAAUGCCGCGUAGGCAAAUGCGUACCGUACUGCGAAACUCAAAAUCUACAAAGCUGCAUGUGCGAUACUAUCACCGAGGCGUGUAAGAGAUGCUGCAGAAUGAGUUUGAACGAAACGUGCUUUCCGAUAGACCCGCAAGAUAUUUUACCCGAUGGAACACCGUGCAUUCAAGGUUUCUGCAACAAGGGCGUGUGUGAGAAAACGAUCCAAGACGUGGUGGAACGAUUCUGGGACAUCAUCGAGGAUAUAAACAUCAAUAAAGUUAUGCGCUUUCUCAAAGAUAAUAUAGUCGGUGCUGUGAUAAUCAUCACCGCCAUCAUAUGGAUACCGGCGAGUUGCGUCAUCAGUUACAUCGACCACAGGCGUGUGAAGGAGAGCGAAAAGAAGUGGCGGUGGAAGCAUACGGACGAGCUCAUUCAUCCGGACGAGCCGAGACAAGUGAUUUACGUUGGCGGUCAACGACAAAGGCUGCAGCACGUUAUGCAUCCGUCGUGAAUUCAGAUCACCCGCGUUAUGUACUUCUCUAGUCAGAUUUACAUGAAGUAAUAUAUAUCGUAAUACAGGAUGUUCGGUGGAAGAAAAUUUCAGAAGUGAUUCUACAUGAUAAAAUAAGACGAAAGUCAAGAUCAACGAAAUUACAGUGGAGACUUCGCUUCUUAAUUAGAAACGUUUAAAAAUUCGCGUGGAAUAGCGAAUAUUUUAAUAACUUAAUAAUAUACUUAUUUUAUCACGUAGAAUCCUUAAAUUUUGUCGCACCCAUUAUCGAACACUUUGUAUAUAUCUUCAGAGUGACAAAAUAUUGUAAAUAUCUGCUCUUUCUACGUUAUACAUACGUGUAUAUAACUUCUACAUAAUUUCUGUAAGAUCUCGAAUGAAUUUUGUAGUUGAGCGAACAAACUAUACAUUCCUGCGGUCUAUAGAGACAUUGAUAAUUCGUAUUUAGGAAUUAGAUAUAAUAGAAAUUAUUCGCUACUCUAUGUUUUUUGAUACUACGUAUAUAAAAUGUUAAAUCUUUUUAAAGUAUUACUUUUCCUAUGGUUGGCAUUUAUCACUUAAUUACUAAGAUUGCCAAGUUAUAUUGAUAUAUUACAGUACUUAAAGAAGAAUUGAGAACGGCAAAGUUUUCUUUGUAACUCGAAGUAUUAUACAUUUUACAUUAACAAUAUUAAUUUUAACAUUUUUUAACAUACCACGGCAAGAAACAGAUACUAGUCGUGUAACGACCUUUAAUGGCAUUAAAACAAUUCUAAUGUGCAAAUAUUUAAAUAAAACACAAUUGUGAGGCACGAAAAGCCUGAGGGAG